GCUGACAGUUCAUUGCUCCUGCCAAAUGAAUUGCACUGAGUGGAGCGGAUCACCACUCCAAGAUGGCGGCCCCGCGUCUCGCCUGCGCCAGUAAGCAGUAGCGCUCCAUGCGGCGUACCCUUAGAAGAUGUCUACGUGUACGACAGUUUCCCUCAAAUUACGACAGUUUCAAUCUUCCGCUUCGAUCGUUCUCAGGGUCAGCUGACUACCGGUCACGUGACCAGCCAGGAAGUAACCCCGCCGACGAGCGAGCGUCUAAGUUAGCCGACCAUGAAGGUUACUUCCGUCGGUCCAAGAUGAUUCCACGCAUGUUUAUAUGUCUCCUAGUAUCCUUGGCGACCAUUUGCGACGUUUGGAGCGAACCUUUUCGCCAAAGUCUGGACGGCCGAUGGCGCCUGUGGAACUCCAACCGCUCCUUGGCGCUCCCUGCGCGGGUACCAGGCUGCGUCCACUCCGCCUUGACCCAGCAGGGAUUCAUCCAGGACCCAUAUUUCAGGUUCAAUGAUCUGGCCCACCAGUGGAUCUCCCUGGACAACUGGACCUACGUGACCACGUUUGCCGUGUCCGACCGUCUGAGGUCCGCGCAGAAGGUGCUCCUGAUCUUGGACGGCGUGGACACGGCGGCGUCAGUCUGGCUCAACGGCGUGCUUGUGGGCCACGCCGACAACAUGUUUCGCCAAUACGUCUUCCCUGUGCGAGAGCUGCUGGAGGAGGAGAACGUGAACGUGCUGAGGGUGGACCUCCUGUCUCCGGUCUUGUACGCGAACGAGCGGAGAAAGGCUCAUUGGGCCUACAGAGUUCCUCCCGAGUGUCCUCCGGAUGUCCAGAAGGGCCAGUGUCACGUCAACUUCAUCAGGAAGGAGCAGAGCUCGUUCAGUUGGGACUGGGGCCCGUCCUUUCCCACCAUGGGGCUGUGGAAGGGAGUCCGCCUGGAGGCGUUCGACGCCAUGCGGCUGGUCCGGUUUUCAGCUGUCCCUCUACGCAACGCCAGCCUCUCCCAGUGGACCGUGCGGGUGGAGCUCCUGGUGGAGGCGCUGCGUCCCGCGCGUGUCGACGUCACGCUCGCCGUACCCGAGCUGUCCUCGCAGCUGACGGUGGCCUCUCAGUUUCUUCCAGGGACCACCAGACACGUCUUCACACUGCACGUCAACACGAGUAGUCAAGUCAGGCUGUGGUGGCCCAGCGGACUCGGCGAGCGACCGUCAUACCGCCUCCUCGUCACUGCGUCGUCUCAGGACGGAUUGCCGCUCUUGCACACAGAGUCAAAGGUAUAUUUCCGCACAGUGGAUCUUGUUCAGGAGCCCAUCGCCGACUCUCCCGGCCUGAGUUUCUACUUCCGCGUCAACGGUCGUCCAGUUUUCCUCAAAGGCUCCAACUGGAUCCCUGCCCACGCCUUCCAGGACCAGGUCACGCCCGACGCCUUGAAGAACCUGCUGCAGUCGGCCGUGGACGCCAACAUGAACGCUCUGCGGGUCUGGGGGGGCGGAGUUUACGAACAGGAUGUCUUCUACAGCAUGUGUGACGAGAUGGGACUGAUGGUGUGGCAGGAUUUCAUGUUUGCUUGUGCAACAUACCCAACAGAUGACGACUUCAUCAACACCGUACGAGAAGAAGUCAUCCAACAGGUGAGAAGCGCUUUUUUGGAGGUUUUGGUACCGGAGAGUACUUGUAACUAA